GCAAAAUGGGAAAUGAAAGACGACUUUCGGAGAAUGAGAGAGGAAAUCAUCAACAAAGUCGUCGAACGUGCGCAGGAGUCUUCCUCUUGGUCAGGCUGGUCCUGAGAAGCCUUCGUCGAGAGAGCGUCCAUAUCGACAGCUACGAGGAGCUUCUGAAAAAAGAAUAAACAUGCUUCCCUGCGAUCUUGGCAACUUGUACAAGCAAGCAUGGCGAAUACAUGGCGAUGAUGAGGCGCUCUACCGUGCCGAAGCUGCAAGGUAUUUCAGGCUGGUCAUGACGGUGAAUGGGUUUGAGAAGCUGUCCGCAGUUACCUUGUUCGACUUGUACGUGGUAAACGACCAGGAUAUUCAAAACACCUUCUUUGAGGGCAAUAGGGUUUUACCAGCGAGAGAGCUGUUGCGGAAACUGGCGGAGUAUCGGAGGCGGAUCGAAGUCUGCUGCGGAGGAUUGCUGGAAGUAAGGGAGAACAACGAGGAUGCCUACAAGUGGCUCGACGACCCAGAAGAAAUCGACAAAGUAUUCUACCAGUUUCUCAUGCCGUUGUGCGCCUUUAUUUCAGCCGGUGUCGACGCGCCAUCUGGUGGAGAGCUGGCAGCCUUGUGCGAUGCUUGCUCUGGUACUCAGGUCGAUUUCGUCCAUCGCACCGCGGCAGACGUCUUGGUGGAAACACAAUGGGGGAGAGGAAUUAUCGACAGCGACACAGCCUCCCAAACCACGAUUAGCGCCAAAUUAAUUCGGUCGAUGACAAUGCUGUUCUUUCUUUUCGACUACCCUCACAAUUCUUUCCUACAACGGCGUGUCAUGUCUGCCAUCAACUCUUUGGAUUGAGGCGAACAGAGAGAAGCUCUUGCCGCACUUUAUGGCACUGUUCUCAGGCGGCAGCUGGAAAAUGUGCCACUAACGGAAUUCAUCAUCCACCAGUUGG